AACAUGUGGGUCGACUGUGAAUGUGUUCAAUGUUAACUAACAUGAAUGAAAUAACCUCGAAAUAUGCUGCUGGAUGCAAAGAAGUCGAAUGUAUUUAUGAUCUAGAUUUAUUAUCGCGGUGAAGCAGCUGACAUGUUUCUGUCCGCCUGUAAGAGGAGCUGGCGGAGCUGUGCUAAAGGACAUUUCCACAGGCUGACCGUCAGCAGAUACAACAAUAACAACAACAGUAAUAACACUACAGUACAUUUCCGAUGGCUGAACACCCUUAAAACCAGCUGUUGCAGCUUUUCAAACCGGACCUGCGGCUCUUGUAGACCCGUUCCAGAGCCGCGGAGUCCCGAACUAAACAAGCCGAGUAUCGGGCUCCAUCUGCGGCAUGCAGGAGCAGGAUUCACCGCUGCGCUCCGUCUGUGUGGAUCUAGCGGGUUUUGCACUGAUGCGUCCAGAAAGUCGGAGUUAGAGGACAAAUACUUAAAACAGGAUCCAAGGGAAAAGGGUGAAGAUCCAGCAGCCUCUUCGCCUGCUAAUGAUGGGCACUUUCAGUUUAAAGAGCUGUAUGAGAAUCCAUGGACUAUUCCUAAUUACCUCUGUAUGGCGCGGAUCGUCCUGUCUCCUGUCCUGGGAUAUUUAAUCAUGGAACAGUAUUUCCACGUCUCUCUGGGGCUGUUUGCACUUGCUGGAGCUACAGAUUUACUGGACGGUUACAUCGCUCGUAACUGGCCCAAUCAGAAGUCGGCUCUGGGCAGCGCUCUCGACCCAUUGGCUGAUAAGAUUCUCAUCAGCGUUCUUUACGUCAGUCUGACAUACGCACAACUCAUCCCAGCUCCGCUGACAGCGUUGAUCAUAUCCAGAGAUGUGGCACUGAUCGCUGCUGUUUUCUAUGUGCGCUACAAAACAGUCCCACCUCCAGUAACGCUCAGUAAAUUCUUUAACCCUUGUUACACCACUGCCCGACUCAAACCAACACUCAUCAGCAAGAUCAACACGGCGGUGCAGUUGUUUCUGGUGGCGGCGUCUCUGGCUGCUCCUGUGUUUCAUUACACUGACAGUGUUUUACUGCAGUCACUGUGGUACAUUACCGCCGUGACGACUGCAGCAUCUGGUUAUAGCUAUUAUCAUUACGGUAAAAAGACUGUUGAGGUGCUGAACAACACUAAGUAGUUGAUCAGUCGUCUGUGAUUUGAGCUUCGACCAAGACAUGUGGAGAAAUCAGUCGAUGGAAAUUGAUCUUACUUUUGUAACUGAGACACUUUAGUCUGUACAAAGUCAGAAGUUUAUUUUGAUUACGAUGUUCAAAUCAUGUGGUGUCGCGUGUGAUCAGUAUAUGAUUUGCAACUCCGCAGGAAGCUUUUUUUAAAUCACUUUUAAUGAACUUUGGGUCAAUUUUCAGAAUAAAAAUGGACGUCAAAAUCA